GGAGCGGAGCGCAGCGAACGCUGGCCAAGUGUUGAGCGGUUAAAUAAGAAAAGUGCCCGCCUACAACAAGUAGGCGGUUGAGUCCCAGCCAGUGUUCUGCGCCAGCUACUUCAUCGCCCGAGGACCGAGUGCCAAUGCCAUUGCCACAGCCAGUGCCCCAAAGUCGAAGACGAAGUAGAGUCCUGCAGCUGCUCCUGCCGUCGUUUUGUCGUCCUGGUCUGGGUGCGAUAAGCGUGUAAGCCUAACAUAUGGCACCCAGCGUCGAUGCCAGCCGUCGGCACUUCUUGCGGUGUGCCGAUUAUCAUGGCAAGCAAUGUACAACAACGGCAGCAAGAUCCAUGCACCACAACUGAAGAGCCCAAGCACCAGCGAGCACGACGAGCAGCCAAGGGCCAGGAGUCAGCGGCGGGAGCAUGCCAGCAGUCCUGGUCUAGUCAGCGACCUCCAUUCAGUCACCAGCAGCAGGAGAAGCGGGAUCGGGAUCGGGAUCGGGAUCAGGGGGAUCGGGACCGGGAGCAGCAGGAGCAGGUGCGGCAGCAGCACCAGAGACAUCCGCGCCAGCACGAGCUACUGCAUCACCAGCGGUUGAGGUUGCCGCCCACGCUGCCCGCCCGCGGUCGCCUUCUGAUCAGCGAGGGCGCUCGACGGCGCGAGGUGCGCGGCUGCGGGGCGGGGGGCGGCGGACUACUCUGCUGCAGCCUGGACGCCCUGAGUCGUCCUGCCAAGCUACUGCAAUUCGGAGUCCUCCUGCUGAUCCUGCUGCUCGCCACGCAUGGAGAUCUUGUGCAAGCGGAGGGCAAUGUUGGCUGCCAGUUUGUUAGGACGCUAUGCAUACCGCACUCCGAGGUCUGCUACGAUGACAACAUAUUCGGCAAGUGCAUUCCAACCACCGGUGUCGACGUUGAGGACAUUGAGAAGACACCACUCAGCGAGGAGCAGUCCCGUGUGCUGGCCACCAUGCUGGAGGAACUCCAGGGCGCCGGCUUAGGAUGGGAUCAUCCGUACGUGCAGUGCCGUAUCCAGGGAUCGCUCUUCUCGCUGCAGCGGCAACAGCAGCUGCCCCAUCUCUGCGCGAAUCUGGCGCCGGCUCCUCCAGAAUUCGGGGAUCCGGCCAGUGCGAUGGCCUAUGUGCGCUUUACGCCGCCGGAACCGGACACCGAAAUGGACUACUACGAGCAGCCGGGCGGCCAGUCGCAAGUGCGCUAUCCGAAUCUGAGGAAGAAACAGGUGCGGGAGAGCGAGGUGGAGGAUGUGUACCUCAACCGAAUGCUGCAGGAUCGCCGGAGGCUGAGGCACGAUCCCUCGGAGUUGGAGCACUUUGGCAAGCUGGACGGGCAUGUGGGUGUGCAGGUGGACACGCCGAGCAUCAUGGACACCUUCCUGGACACCGAGCGGCAGCGGAUCGAGCGGGAGCAGCAGUUGGCGGCGGCGGAGCAGGAUGCCGACCGACGGGCGGAGCAGAAUCGGCUGGAACUGUAUCAGAUUCUGGCCGCCUCCGAGCCCGAUCCGCAGCCCUAUCAGCGCAAGCCGGCGAAUGCCAUGGACCAGCUGGAGGCGAUGGUGGAGCAGCAGCAGCAGCGCGAGCUGAAGGAGCAGCAGGAGCAGCAGGCCAAGGCACCGGUCUACGUGCCGCCGGAGGAGGUGAACGAGUCGAGUGAACUCUACUUCCCGGACAACUUCGCCCCCUUCAAACGAGCAAGGGGUCGCUCAAGGGGGGGAUUGGCCCAGGAGGUGGAGGUGGACCAGGAUGAGCAGCAGCCACCCAAGCGUUCCUUCUUCCGGGAGUUGGCCGACGACCAGGGAUUGGUGCAGGAGCCAUCUCUGCACUUCAGACGCGAGGAAACCAACGAUGCAGCCACUCCAGAGUUGGCCAAGCGACGUCCUCCGGCCUUCAGGCAGCUGGAUCCCUACGAUGUGGGCCUGCAGCAGCAGGAGCUGGCCUUCGAGUCGGGUCUGCUGAGGAACUCGCUGACCCCGCUCGAGGAGGAGGCCAUGCUGGCCUCCAACAGCUUCCCGCGCCAAUCAAAAAGCCAGCGCGUUUACACCGAAGGCGGACUGCUGCUCAUGCCCCAGGAUUCCCAAAGCAACGACAACGAUCCGGGCAUGCAGGCCGAUGAGCCGGAGAAUGUGAAGCAAUCGCUGCUGGCCAACAUGCUGGGAUUCGCACGGCACGAGCGUCUGGAUGUGAAGAAACCGGGUCCUCUGCUAGGACCUCCAUCCUCGGGCUCCUCGGAGCUCAGCAAUCAGCUGGAUACGGACAAGGCACGCAAACUGGAUGCCACUGGCAACGGCAACAAGGAGGUCCUGCCCGCCCACAUCAAGGGCAGUGUCGAGGACGAGGAGGCGCACAAGAAGAAGAAGGUCAUGCAGCAGCAGCACUCGGCCGAGGAUCACGCGCCGCACACCGUUGACACUGAAUACGUGCAUGUGUUCGUGAAGAACCCAAUUGACAGUUGGAACGAUGGGCAGCGCAUAAUGAAGGAGCUGGAGCAAAUACUACACUUGCAGGGAUACUUUUCUUAUUUAACCGUUCAACAACACGAAGUCAGCUUCCGGGUGAACUCAAACAACCCCGAGCGCAAGACCGCUGGCGAUGUGGCACGCACCAUCAACGAGAACCGCGGCGUGAAGAACAACAUCCAGAGGCGCGUCGGGUUCUAUGUGCUGCACGCCGGCGUGGGCGACGUCAUCAAGGACCUGCAGGAUCCCAGCGUGUCGUCCUCGCGAAUUGAGCUGGCCGAGCAGGGUCCCGACGUGACCCACAUCAUGGCCUACAUGUUCGCCGGCGCCGGAGCGGCCGCCGUGAUCGUGAUCUUCGUCACCCUUAUCCUGAUCAAGCGGCACGACCGCAAGCGGGACAAGCUGGGCGGCCUGCAGUCGGGCAUCGCGGGCGCGGAGACCUGCAGCAAGGACUACCAGGAGCUGUGCCGCGCCAGGAUGGCCGGCAAGGGGGGCAGUGGCAGCGGCAGCGGCGGCGGUGGCAAUUCGUCGAGCGGCGCCGCCGGCGGUGGGUCAACCGAACCGGCGCAGGGUGGACGGAUCACAUCGCUGAGCAAGGAGAACGAGGGCCGCCCGCCAUCCUCGCGAUCCAGCACCUCGUCCUGGAGCGAGGAGCCCGCAUUGACGAACAUGGACAUCUCUACCGGGCACAUGGUGCUGUCUUACAUGGAGGAUCACUUGCGCAACAAGGGACGCUUGCAGCGGGAAUGGGAGGCGCUGUGCCGCUAUGAGGCGGAGCCCAGUGCUCGGGAAGCCGCCUCCCAGCCGCAAUGUGCGGGUCUGAACAGACCUGGAGCACCCUUGCCCUACGACCACUCGCGCGUGGUGCUCAACCAUCUGGCCAAUGCCGAAGGACUGGACUAUGUUAACGCCUCAACGAUUACCGAUCACGAUCCCCGAGCCCCCGCUUAUGUGGCCGCCCAGGGUCCACUACCAUCGACCUUGGCCCACUUCUGGCAGAUGAUCUGGGAGCAGGGAGCCGUGGUCAUCGUGGCCCUCUGUCGCCUGCAGGAAAAUGGCGAGGUGGCCUGUGCGCGCUACUGGCCGGAAGAAGGUGCCGAGGUCUAUCACAUCUAUGAGGUUCACCUCGUUAGUGAGCACAUAUGGUGCGACGAUUACCUCGUACGUUCUUUCUACCUGAAGAAUUUGCGCACCAGCGAAACCAGAACGGUCACCCAGUUCCACUUCCUCUCCUGGCCGCACAUGGGUGUUCCUGCCCAGGCAAAGGCUUUGCUGGACUUCAGGAGGAAGGUGAACAAAUCCUACCGGGGACGACGCUCCUGCCCCAUUGUGGUGCACGGCAGUGCCGGAGCCGGUCGGACGGGAGCCUACAUCCUGCUGGACCUGGUCCUUGAGCGGAUGAACAAGGGGGCGCGGGAGAUCGACAUCGCCGCCACUCUGGAGCACCUGCGUGACCAGCGGGCUGGUGUGGUGGCCACCCGGCAGCAGUUCGAGUUCGUGCUGAUGGCGGUGGCCGAGGAGGUGCACGCCAUCCUGAAGGCCCUGCCGGCGAACACUUCCGGCGAGAAACGGGAGCUGGACAAGGAUCCAGUAACGGGCAGUGGCACUAGUGGCACCACCAACAGCAGCAGCACCACCGCAUCCACCAAGGAGCCACCGCUGAAGGAGGACAAGGCGCAGGAGGCCGCCGAGGAGGAGGCGCCCACCAGCAGCUCCAAGGCAGCCGCCGUGGCCAAGGAGAAGGAGAAGGAGGAGAAGAAGGCGGCGAAGGAUCAGGCGAAGGAUCAGGCGAAGGAGCAGUCCAAGGGCGCAGAGCAGAAGACGCCAGCCAAGCCGGCGAAGCAGGCGAAGAAGUAAGCCAACCCAGAUCCAAAAUCGGGUUGAAGGUUAAGCCUCAGGUUAAUGAUUGUUGCAGCGUUUCGGGGGUCUUUUCUGUUCGUUAUAGUUAGCAAUUGCCUUGAGUUCGAUUUUGAUUUGGCGUGAGCACUUGGAAGGUUCGAAAAAGGCUUCACGAGGCUUGUCAGUAGACGGGUUUAUUAUCUUCGGUUCCAUCUACACCGCGCCAUCGAGCACCGGGAUCGCCGGGAUGCGGAGUCCUCCGGAAUCCGCCACGCUGCCCCGGUCUGCACCAGCCCGUGAGACGAGGGGUGCGUCCGGACGGAGGGAUCCUGUUCCGGCGACCAGGUGUGGUGCAAGCAACUAUAGAGACGCACGAUAUAUAUAUAGCAUAUUUGAGUGUUAAAGGAUAUACAAGAAAUAUUUACAUACAUACCUAUACUUAUAUACAUGUCUAGCUGCUAAGCAUUGGAUUCAAUUAUGAGGCAUUUUACUUACUCGUACAUUUAUCGAUAUCGAUGUUGGCAUUAAACUUUAACUCUAAUCGAUGUGCUUGAAAAACCAGCAAACGAACGACAACAAUCGCUGAACGGUAUACAUAUGCCAAGCCAGACAGAACAGCAAACAGAAUCACUAGACACUAGACAAAAGCACACUAGACACUAGCACACUAGACACUAGCACACUAGAAACUGGACACUAGACAUCGCCAGACAUCAAGAUCACCAUUCACUAUAUACACUAUAUACACUGAACCCACUCCAAGAUACAUAUACAAGAGACAGACAUAUACAAGAAAUGGAUGAAUGCAAAAUUUGUACCUAACAAAGUUCUAUUUACAACAUGGAAGGGAAAGUUUAGUGAGGAAGCAACCUAUUGAUGUGUAUGACAAUUAAUUAUACAAGGAUAUAAUCACAUUUAAAAAUAUAUUUGUAUACAAUAUAUAUAUAUAUAUUAUGCAUAUACAAUAUGGUGAAUGUCAUUAUCUAUCUAGCCAACAUACAUACUCGAUAUUCGAAGCGAGUCGAGUAUUGUUUUACCAGACCAUAUGUAUGUGUGCGAAGUCAAGAAUUUGUUCAGUUACCAAUCGCUACUUAACGUAAGCUACACUUUUUACCCUUCGCAGUUGAUUAUAUUAUAUUAUAUUAUAUUACAUUAUUAUAUAUUAUAUCAUAUUAUCCACUUAGGUAUAGUGUAAAUGUAAACUUAACUUUAAAUGUCAGAGGAACCACGCCGAAGCUCUGGUUUCUGCCGGCUAGUCUGUCUCCUGCGGUUUUAAAUUCACGAUCUACUCCUUCACCAAAAACUGAGGCAGCUAGAAGCCAAGGGGCAGGCUAGAUUACUGGGAGAAGCCAGAGCUUCGCGUGUGGUUAAAAGUAUGUGUGCCACAACAACUUAAUGAGAUCGAUCCAUCAAGAAAGGAAAAAAAAAAAUGAAAAAAAAACCCAAAAAAAAAAAGAAGGAGCAUUGCCCCAGAAGUGCAUCCUUAACCAUCUGGAACAUAAGAUCACCCAGAACACAAAUUCCCAAACAGGCACGACCGCGAACGAAUCAAAGGACAAACAGGAAACGAAUCACGCAAAUAAAUAUAUAGAUAAUCACACGGUACUAUGCCGUCGAGAGACCGCAUGACACACUAUACAAAACACCCCAGGGAACGGCAACAAAGAUACAGUGACUAGCGAUUCGCAAAACCCAAAACAAAUACCGAUUUAGGGCACCCGAUCAGAAAAAAUAUGAAAAACAAAAAAAUACAAAUGAAAUAAACUCAGAUUGAGGAGGACGUAAGUGCAAGUGCUGCAAAUUAGCAAAGAAAUAUUCAAAAAAAUUACCAAAUAAUUACUUAACAGUUUUACGUAGCAGUUGAACUUAAACAUAAUGAAAAUGAGUUAUCGUAGUUUGAAAUAUUCCAAGACGACAAAGAUAAGAUACAUUUCAGCUAAAUUUAAGCAACAAAACAAAAACAAAAAUGAAAACAAAAACAAAAACGAAAAAUUAUUAUCUCGACGCAAACUUAUAAUUUGAAAAACAUAUUCUUCGUUUGAAACAUAACUGACACUACACAACAAAUAAAAGCAAAUGAGAAAACAAUAUUACAAUAACUGUGGCAAGUCCGAACAACAACUUGGGGCUUGCGAAAAAACUAUGAGAAAAAUUUAUUAACGUGGUAGAAAAAACAAAAAUAUGAGAAUAGUUAAACAUAAUUGUUUUAGAGCAAAAUAUUUAGUAGUGAGUUUUUCGAUUGAUUUACGAGUAAUUGAAGCAACGUUUUUUCAAAGUUAAUUAAAAUACAUACAAAUACAACUACGACAAUUUCAAUUCAAAUGUUCUUCGACGAAACAAAUUAAAUAAGUGUACUAACAAGCAAACGUAAAUGUAUCGUAUUAUAGUCAAUCGCAUAUAAAGGCAAUUAUUGAUGUAUAUUUCGACAUAACCAUAAACAUAAAAGUGUUAACGAUUAACGAGGAAGAAACAACAACCAUGCGUAGAAAAUUGAAGGAACUUAAAUAUAAACUAACUUAUUAUAAACAUUUAAUGCAUAAAUGUCUAACGGACUUUUCCAUUAAAAAAUACAUAUAUAUAUAUAAUAUAUAAAAUCGUACCUAUUGCGUGUAAAAAGAACCCAAGCAAAAGGGUUAAAUACACACAAGUCAUGCAUUUCAUCAUUUCCCCCAAUCUAUUUUCAUUGAUGGUGUAACAUAGAUAUACAAAAACUUAAAAAUCAACUAAGCGAAAUCUGAAUUAUUAUUUAUAAGGCAAAGGAGGAGCAGAAAAAGAAUAAAUCGAACCGAGAAUCACACGAGGACAGAACUAAUCUGACAGAUUCCGCAGAUUGAGACAAAUGGGACCUGUUCGGCACUUGACUUUUAGCUUUCCACGGGGCAGAUCAGGUUGUUACCAAGGCACUGGGAUCAUCGUACGAGGAUGAGGAUGAGGAGGAGCAGAAGGAGCAGACGCCCAGCCAUAGACCGACGAACCCAGAACGAGGCAUACAAAAUGGUUUGAGUUCCUAAAGAAACAUAACCCCAGGACGGACCCUAUUUCCGACGACUAAACCCAGAACAGGCUGUAUAUACGCACAUCUCACUCCGGACCAACAGCUAACCCAGACUUAAACCGCAACUGAAACUGACCGAUCGGACGGAAUUUAGUCAUAGGCCUACACAAUGAGAUUCUACUCGUAAAUUAGGAGGAUCGGAGUGCGGAAACUUCAUGAACUGUUCAUCCAAAGAUAAAGGUCAAGUGAUUGGGACGGGAUUUCCAGACAUUUGACGGACUAACACUAACCAACUUAUCAGACAGGCAACCAAACUUGAACUCUCAAUGUUACUGGUUUUUUUUUCUGAAGGAUUGAGUUUGGUAACCGCGGAUGAUAAUAUACAAAUACAAAUAAAUACAGAAACACAAUACAGGCACCAAAAAUGUGGGAAAUAUUUGAAGCAUUGAUCAGCAUGCAUACUAAGAUGCAAUUAUUGCUGUCUAAAUCAAUUAAUUAACGGGUAAGCAAAUUAACAAAGAAAAAUUACAAAUAAUUCGAGCAGGCUUUCAUACAUUUUUGGAAAACCAAAAUGAAGAUUCUGAUUAAGUGAGGCAUCUAGCAGAUAAGAGAAACAUUUAACAAUAUCGAUGUGUAUACAAUAUGCUACAUACAAGAAUAUAUAUCCAUUUAGCCACUUGGCAAAGAUUUGUGUUAUUAAGAAAAAAGAUGACGAAAAAAAACAAUGAGAAAACCCAAAAAAAAAAGGUAAAAACCAGCAAAAAAUUAUGCUGGCUGAGGCCACUAAUAUCUAAAUGUACUAAAACUGAUAAAAAGCGACAAAGUUAAAUGAUUAUUGAACAUGAGUCAAACUAAUAAUAAAAUACACCGAACACAUACACUCGAAGAAAAGAACAUGGAGCAUACCUAUUAAAGGUUUUUUGUGCAAAACUAAUUAAACUAUGCAAUUUAAGUGUUUUAAACAUACAUAUUACAUUAAACAUGCUACAAUUAUUUAUGAGAAUUACAUAGCAACAUGUAUACCUACAUAUAUAUAUAUAAAUGUUAUUAACCAAUUUGAAUUUAUGAAGAACGGAGAAGGAUAUGCAUACCUAUAUCUAAAUGUAUCGCGCCAUUGUGUAAUAUGCGCUACAAAUACAAGUUGAAAAUCACAAAACAAAACAUAUUAUAUUCUGCUGCAUGUGUAAAUUAUAUAAAUGUAAAUUAAAGAAUACCAGAAAACCCGAAAAAAUGCGAACAAUUUUCGAUGAUAAACAGCAAGCAGAAAAGAAUAAGGACGAUGACGAUGUAGAACCGGUAAUAAUUACGAUUACUAUUAUAAUACGAAUCAAAAAAUAAUAAAGAGACCCUUAAAGAAACUGAGCCUACCAACCAUAUAAACCAAGAAGGCAUUAGCCGAGCGUAGUACAAAAAGGAGUUUUGGUUUCCCCGUUCCCCAUACCCAGUGUUCACUGUCUGUGUCUAAGAUAAGAGUAACCUAAAAGCUUCGGCGCCAAAAUAGCAUAUCUGUCAAUAGAGGCCAACUUGCCCGCAAGUUGGCUCUAAACAUCACUGAAACGAAACACCAAUCACAACAACUUAACAGUCUACGAAGGUACUGUAACUAUCAAUAAUCUGUAGAGUUGCUUAUCGGAAAUAAUAUAGAUUUUAAACUAACCAUAGAACACCUAGCAUACUUAGCACACUUGCACGCUUUCCCACUCAGUCCUUUUAACACGCAUGAUUUCGACUUAAUCCACAUUUCUUUCGAUUACUUAUUAAUUUACCUAUAGAUUUUUGAAAUAGUUGCAUGGUUCCCCGCCCCUCCAAUAAUAUGAUUCAGAGACUGGCAAUCUCGUGGCCCUCUUCAAACCAAACUCAAAUGCCGUACUUCGUAAUUGUUACUUUCAGCAAAAGGUUGUUUAUAGAUUAUAGUUGAAUUGAAAGCAAAUUUGCAAAUCACCCAAAGCUUCCAAGCAGGGAUAGGGGUUAAAGCCCAGUGCACUCUUAAAUUAAAUUAACACGUGCAAGCGGUUUUUUCAUUACACUAUUCCAUUGUCGUUACAAAAAAGCACUAGGUAAGCAUUUUUCGAUUCGACGCUAAACAGAAGUAAGCAAAUAUUCCCUAAGAGGAAAUAGGCAAAUUUAUCGCGUUUUUUCGCACUAGUUCUUCUUUCAAGAGAAAGAGUAAGCUACUGCUAAGCUAACUGCAAUAUUUAGUAAAAUAAUCACAACACUCACAUUAAAUGUCACACUUACAGAGUAAUAUUAAACACACGAGCUUGUUUAACGACCCCAGAGACAAGAAAAAAAUAAGCUAAACAAAAGGUGCAAGCGCUUAUUCAUGCACUUGAAAACAAAUUUGGCCCUCUAAAAGGACUUGGCUCCAAGGCCAUAACAAAACAGUGUCUAUUGAAAUAAUCACAAUUUAAUCACACAAAAAAUAUACAAUAUAUCCAAAAGAUUAACAUUUAAACAUUAGAGGCAAAAUAAUAUAUUACCCCAAAAACUAAAUGCAGGCGGGUUUUUAAACUCUUUUUUUGAAUCGCAGUUUGUUGCACUGGAAUAAAUACAUUUUUCGUCUCCCCAGAGACUUGGCUUUGAAGCUAGUUAGCAAUAAUAAAACUACACUUAAAAUGUAAAUUCUUAAAUAUUUUUUCGAUCUCUCCAGAGACAAAAAUUUGACACCGUAAUGUGAAAUGAAUAGUUAAACAGUGAAAGCGGUAUUUUCUGACAGUGUGUGUCCAUCACCAUCCAAAAGCAAUGCACUGAAAGAGUUUGUUUCGUCUCAUUCAAAGGGACUUGGCCUUUAAGCUAACAAGAAUAACUAACGAAAUAACCACAAAUUAAUCACACUUAAAAUGUGCAAUAUUAUAUACAUACUCAAAUGUUUAUUCUAUGUGUGUAAAGCAAGCAUUAAAAAAUCCAAAAAAAAAUUAGAAAGAGGCAACUCAAA